GCAACCCUCCAGCGUGGGCAUCAUGUCUGUGCGCUUUUCUUCCUCAUCCAGACGGCUGGGCUCCUGUGGGGGUGCAGGCUCCGUGAGGCUCUCUGGUGGGGAAGCCAGCUUUGGGGCCGGAAAUGCAUUCGGUGUGCCAGGCAUUGGAAGUGGCUUCUCUUGUGCCUUUGGGGGCAGCUCAGCGGCAGGAGGCUAUGGUGGAGUGCUGGGCGGGGGAAGUGCUUCUUGCGCUACCUUCACCAGGAACGAAAAUGGCCUCCUCUCUGGCAAUGAGAAGGUGACCAUGCAGAAUCUCAAUGACCGCUUGGCUUCCUACCUGGAGAAUGUUCGAGCACUAGAGGAGGCCAACGCUGACCUGGAACAGAAGAUCAAGGGGUGGUAUGAGAAAUUUGGACCUGGUUCUUGCCGAGGUCUUGAUCAUGAUUACAGCAGAUACUUUCCAAUAAUCGAUGACCUUAGGAACCAGAUAAUUGCUGCAACUACAAGUAAUGCCAAUGUUAUCCUGCAAAAUGAUAACGCGAGACUAACUGCUGAUGACUUCAGACUGAAGUUUGAGAACGAACUGGCCCUUCACCAGAGCGUGGAGGCAGACAUCAAUGGCUUGCGACGAGUGCUGGAUGAGCUGACCUUGUGCAGAACUGACCUUGAGGUCCAGCUGGAAACUCUCACGGAGGAGCUGGCCUACCUCAAGAAGAAUCACGAGGAGGAAAUGCAGGCUCUGCAGUGCGCCGCGGGAGGCAACGUGAACGUGGAGAUGAACGCCGCCCCCGGGGUGGACCUCACGGUGCUGCUGGGCAACAUGCGAGCCGAGUACGAGGCCCUGGCUGAGCAGAACCGCCAGGAUGCGGAGGCCUGGUUCCAGGAGAAGAGCGCUUCGCUGCAGCAGCAGAUUUCCGACGACGCUGGCGCCACCACCUCCGCUAGGAAUGAACUCACGGAAUUGAAACGUACUCUUCAAACCCUGGAGAUUGAACUGCAGUCCCUCUUAGCGAUGAAACACUCCCUGGAGUGCUCCUUGACAGAGACAGAGGGCAACUACUGCACGCAGCUGGCACAAAUCCAAGCUCAGAUCGGGGCCCUGGAGGAGCAGCUGCACCAGGUCAGGACUGAGACCGAGGGCCAGAAACUGGAGUAUGAGCAGCUCAUGGACGUCAAGGCCCACCUGGAGAAGGAGAUUGAGACCUACUGCCGCCUGAUAGAUGGAGAUGAUGAAUCUUGUGUCAAAUCCAAAGGCCACGGAGGACCAGGAAAUCAGAUAAAAGAUUCAUCUAAAACCGCCAUCGUGAAAACAGUCGUCGAAGAACUAGAUCUUCGUGGCAAAAUUCUCUCAUCCAGAGUUCACACCAUAGAAGAGAAACCCACUAAACCCAACAACAAGAGUGAACAGAGGGUGCCCUCGUGAACUCCAGCACCCCCCAAAAAAAAGAAUGGCCCUGAAAUUAGAAGACCAAGUCGAAACUCGUUUCCUAAAUGAGGGCCUUCUCAUUUUUCUGCUUUUCCUCCAGUGAAUUAAGACAGACUCUCUGUAGAGUAGUAACUCGUCUUCAGCUUUCUCUUUGGUGGUGUUUCAAUAAAAGUUCUUCCUGUUGCAAGUCA